AUGUCUUACGGAAAUGAACCUGAACCUCCUUCCUCUCUUGGUCCCUACAGCCAAGAUGAAGAAGGUAAACUUGUUCGAUUACGCCUGGGCCCUGCAGGACGCUGGAGCUCUUUUGGAAAAUUCUGGCUAAGAGAGAAUUGCCAAUGCGAACUUUGUGUCCACCCAGACACAAAGCAACGAAUUUCUGAUACUUUUUCUAUCCCGCGCAAAGUUGCUAUUACCGAACUUGCUCCUCGAGAAAAUACCGUGAAGGUAACCUGGUCCGAUAGACACUCUAGUCUAUAUUCAUACUCUUGGCUAGGCGUACAUACGCACAAGAAGAUCAAUCGUCGGCCUGGAGGUUCGCCUUUGCGGCUCCGGCCGUUUCGAUUUUUCAAACAGGGCCGGGAUGAGCUCCCAACAGUAUCUUAUGAAGAAGUCAUGGAUGGUGAUUUUGCAGUGCUUGAGUGGCUUGAAAACAUCUAUCAAUGGGGGUUUUGCUUCGUCAAAGGAGUUCCUGUCGAUCCUCAUGCAACAGAGGAGCUUUUGGAGAGGAUAUCAUUUAUAAGAAAUACCCAUUACGGGGGAUUCUGGGAUUUUACCUCCGACCUGACUUUCAAGGACACUGCGUACACAUCGGAAUUCCUGGGCGCCCAUACAGACAAUACAUAUUUCACUGACCCGGCGCGACUCCAGCUGUUUCAUCUCUUGUCUCACACUGAUGGCGAUGGAGGUACUAAUCUUCUUGUCGAUGGGUUUCAAGCGGCUAGUAUUUUGAACGAAGAAAACCCGGGCGCUGCGAAGGCUUUACUCUCAGUCAAACACCCAUUUCAUGCGAGUGGAAACGAUGACGUCUGCAUACAACCAGCGGAUCACUUUCCUGUCUUUAGGAAUCACGGGUAUUUGCGAGAACUGUACCAGAUUCGCUGGAAUAAUUACGACCGAGCACCCAAAAGGGACUGGUGGGUUGAUGAGCAACAGCGCUGGUAUGACGCAGCGAGACACUUCGACCAGAUUAUUCGUCGGCCCGAAAUGGAAGUAUGGACUCAGCUACAACCAGGAACAGCCCUGAUUUUUGAUAACUGGAGAAUGCUCCACGGCCGCUCCCAAUUUACUGGGAAACGGAGGAUGUGUGGUGGUUACAUCAACAACGAUGACUUUAUCUCGCGAUACCGCCUACUCAAGUUCGGCCGGGAAGCCGUUCUUCGGCACAUUGGAGAUACUACUAGACAUUCUACCAACCCAAGCAGGUUUAUAUAAGAGUAUUUGGACCCAGCUAAGCCAGAUAGAUGUACUGUGAACAUGGUGUGGGGUGGUGUCCUAGCCGGCUACAAUAUUUCACCAGUUCUACCUAAAUAGGGAGGCAAACCAAGUAAAUACUAUUAUAUCCUGCACAUAACCCAAAUUUCAAUUCACUCACUUUGAAGCCU